UCUCAGCUGACAUGGAUAACUCUCUUCAUCCAGAUCAUCUUCUACAAAUACAUGCUAUGAAUAUUCUUGCUACAGUUCUGAAGAAGUUCUUGAUACCAAUAACUGUUUUCUCUCCACAGAUGCUUCUCCAGCAAUUUCUGUUUUGGUGCAGAACCCUAUUAUUUGAAGUUUAAAAGGCCAUUAUCUCCCCAGCAACAAGGAAAUUGCCUGCAAGGGAUGGUUAUCAGCUGUUAAAUAUCAAUAUUUGAGCAUGGAAGUCCCAAUUGCUGCCAUACCUCUACUACCAUCUCCUCUGAUGGAAAGAUGAUAUAUCCCACAGGGUGUGCAGUAUGAAACAAGAACAAAGCAGAUUCAGGUGUUCACCAAAUGAACAGCUGAUGUGGCUCAACAAUUCCAGUAUGCUGUGAGAGUAAUUGGAAGUAAUUUUGCUCCCACCGUGGAAAGAGAUGAAUUUCUUGUCGCUGAAAAGAUCAAGAAAGAAAUGGCAAGGCAGAGGAGAGAGGCUGAUGCUGCUUUGUUUGCAGAACUUCACCGUAAACUGCAGUCCCAGGGCAUUAUAAAAAACAGAUGGGCUGUACUCUACCUCCUGCUAAGCCUGAGUGAGGAUCCACGCAAACCUCAAAGCAAGGUUGCUAAUUAUGCAGCAUUAUUUGCUCAAGCAUUGCCAAGAGAUGCUCAUUCUACCCCUUAUUAUUACUCAAGACCCCAGAGUCUGCCACUGUCUUAUCCUGAUAGAGCUCCCUCAUCUCAGAGUGCUGGCAGCAUUGGAAGCAGUGGAGUUGGUAGUCUUAGUAUAUAUGGCUUAAAUGGACCAACCCCAACUCCUCAGUCUUUAUUACCUGGACAAACAUACCAAACUACAGGAACAGCAGAUACUGUGAGACAGCAGUUAGGUUCACGGUUUGCAUGGGCUUUUUCUGCUGCUCAACCUCCGUUACCUACCUCAAAGGGCCUUCCAAGCUCCAUCUCCCGCAAUGUGUCAAGAAUGAGACGUGAAGGAGAACAUGGAUCAUCUUCAGAAGUGACAGAGGCAGCACUAGUCAGAGAUAUUCUAUAUGUCCUCCAAGGAAUUGAUGGCAAAUCCAUUAAAAUGUGUAAUUCCGAAAACUGCUAUAAAAUUGAUUCCAAGACGGGACUGUCGAAAUCUUUGAGGGAUACUGCAAGUAGGUUAGCAGAACUUGGAUGGCUUCACAACAAAAUAAGAAAGUACACCGAUCAGAGAUGCUUGGACCGUGCCUUUGGUCUAGUGGGUCAGAGCUUUUGUGCUUCCUUGCAUCAGGAGUUGAAGGAAUAUUACAGAUUAUUGUCCGUUUUGCAUUCCCAGAUACAAGUGGAAGAUGACCAAGGUGUAAAUGUUGGUCUGGAAAGUAACCUAACACUCCGCCGCCUGCUGAUUUGGACCUAUGAUCCCAAGAUGAGGCUGAAGACACUUGCAUCACUUGUUGAUCAUUGCCAGGGGAGGAAAGGUGGCGAAUUGGCAUCUGCUGUCCAUGCUUAUACUAAAACUGGAGACCCAUACAUGAGAUCACUGGUGCAACACAUUCUUAGCCUUGUAUCACAUCCCAUUCUUAACUUCCUUUACCGCUGGAUUUAUGAUGGAGAGUUGGAGGAUACAUACCAUGAGUUUUUUGUAGCUUCCGAUCCAACAGUGAAGACUGACAGACUGUGGCAUGACAAAUAUACGCUGAGAAAGUCAAUGAUACCAUCUUUCAUCACAAUGGAUAAGGCCAGAAAGGUGCUUUUGAUUGGAAAAUCUAUCAAUUUCUUGCAUCAAGUGUGCCAGGACCGAACUCCAACAGCAAAAAUGAUGAUGGCUGUGACAAAAUCUGCUGUUUCACCAAAAGAUGCUGCUGAGUUGUUCACUGAUUUGGAAGGUGCUUUUCAAGAAAAAAUUGAUUCAGCUUAUCAUUUAACCAGCAAAUACUUGCUGGAUGUCCUCAACCAGAAUUACCACUUGCUGGAGCACAUUAAGGCUGUGCGGCGUUACUUGCUACUAGGCCAAGGAGAUUUUGUUCGACACCUCAUGGACUUGCUGAAGCCAGAACUGGCAAGAUCAGCGUCAACUUUGUAUCAACAUAAUCUGACUGGAAUCCUUGAGACAGCUGUCAGAGCGACCAACGCACAGUUCGACAGUCCUGAGAUUUUGAAACGUCUGGAUGUUCGACUUCUGGAGAUAUCAGCUGGAGAUACAGGCUGGGAUGUCUUCAGUUUGGAUUAUCAUGUUGAUGGCCCAAUUGCAACAGUGUUUACUCGCGAGUGUAUGAGCCAUUAUUUACGAGUAUUCAACUUCCUGUGGCGAGCAAAGCGAAUGGAGUAUGUUCUCACAGAUAUCUGGAAAGGGCAAAUGUGUAAUGCCAAACUACUGAAGAACAUACCAGAAUUGUCAGGGGUGCUUCAGCAGUGUCAUAUUCUAGCAUCAGAAAUGGUACACUUUGUGCAUCAGAUGCAGUAUUAUAUCACAUUUGAGGUAUUGGAAUGUUCUUGGGAUGAACUGUGGAAUAAGCUACAGCAGGCACAGGAUCUUGAUCACAUCACUGCUGCACAUGAAACUUUCCUCAACACUAUAAUCUCUCGAUGUCUGCUGGACAGUAACUCUGAAGAACUGUUGACACAACUUCGAGCUCUGUUCGAUCGAAUCCUGGAGUUUCAGAGUGCACAGGAUUCCAUGUACCGUUCAGCUCUGGAAGAACUGCAUCUCCGGCUUCGUUAUGCAGAUAUCAAGAAGCAACGGCAGGCAGAGGGUAUGUGGGGAACAACAUCAGCUGAAGAAGAGGCAGAAAAUAAAAGAAUUCAUGAAUUUCAACAGUUAAUUCCUAAAAUGUCUUCCCAGAUACGGGUGUGUUCCCAUUUCUACCAGGACAUUGUUCAGCAAUUCCUGGUACUGUUGACAAAAAGUUCUGAUGAAAGUCUCCGUUUCCUUAACUUCAGACUUGAUUUCAACGAGCAUUACAAAGCAAGGGACCCCCGACUGCGUGCCUCACUGGGCAGCAUCCGGGGCAAACGCAGCUCAGCAUUGUAAAGUGUUGUCCAAAAGUUCCCAGCUAUUACAGUUUGGGCUACAUUUACAUGUACCUUGGUUUUCUGCUCUCUGCCGUCCUGUGAAACCUAUGUUUGUAUUGGCUGCCAGUGAUGGGAGUAGAGGAGAUAUUUUGUCAUCUGAUAAAAUGUGAAAUUCUUUGAACAAGAAAUAUAUCCACAUAACAGUGUAAGUUAUUUAUAAUCAAUGAAUGUUUUUAGUUUGAAGUUGAACUGAAGGUGGCUUUUGGCAAUUUUUAACUUCACUCUCUGCUGAAAGAACUUUACAGUGUGUACAGAAAGGUUACUGUUCCAGUCCUAAACCCACAUUUUAUUUUACAGAUGACAAAAUUAUUUAAACUGCUAAGCAAAAAUGAAGUUUGUUCAAUAACAAAAAUCUUUUUCUAAAUUGAGAAACGCUUAGUCUUUUUCAUGUAAUAUACACUCUAGACUGUCACAUUUGGUAUUCAUUUUAAAACUCAACAUAUGCAGUGAUUAAAACCCUCAGUUUUUACAGUGUAAAUAGUUUCAGGCUUUUUGAUCUUUAUUAAUACAUUUCGAUGUGUGAGAAUGUGGAUAAAAGGUAAAAGAAAAUGAUUGGAAAUUGGUUCGUUUUUAAAAAGUUGUAUUUGUUAUACAGCUCAGUUUUUGUUAUUGGUAUUGUAGGAGAGAUCCAUACAUUUUAACCCUUUGUAGAUGCACCAGAUGGGUGCCUUUAUGUUGAAGAUUCCCUCCUUGUUCUCAUCUUUCUGCUUUUCAAAGCAGAGAAACAAAGGAAUUCCAGGAUUGAAAUCUGUUACUUUCAGAAGAAUUACAUUAAGUUCAUACUAUGUCCAAUCCAGUGGCUGAAUUUUUGGAAGACUUAGACACACCUUGGACAUUACCACUGAUCAGACUGAGUGGGAAAUGGACCGAUGAGAUGCUUAUAUGUUACAUUUGAAAAACAGUAUGAUUGUCACAACUUGAAAGGUUUGAAUAUACCAGAAUCCUUGUUCUGCAAUUGGAGAAAUGAUUCUAGCAGUAACAUUUUGGCAUGGUAUUUUAAUGUCCAGUUUUCCUACUCCUGAAGCAUCUAUACUAUCCUAAGUUGGGCUAGAAAUCGCCAGAACAUUCACUGUCCUGCACUAAGGUCUAUUUUAUAGCUCUUGAAGGUCAGAACCUGUUACAAAUUAUAUUCAGAAGCUUAAAACUCUUGCUUUAUCACAAGAUUGGAGAGAUAAACCAAACCUUUUUUUGGUAAUAAAGCCAAAUUAUUGGAGAAGCACAACAGAUCUGACAACUUCUGUGGAGAGAGAGAAACAAUUUGGAUUUCAAAUCCAAUGUGAAUACAGUUAUCAUAAUGGACUUAAAACAGUAACUGAAUUCUAUCCAAAGAUACUGCCACACUUGCUGAGUAUUCCCGAUGCUCUGUUUUUAUUUCAGCAUCUACCUUACUUUGCUCUUGUUUAUAUUCUCCAUUUCUUUUAUGUUUACUGACAAUGAAUGCCUUCCCUAAUAUUCAGAUUGGUGGCUGGUUCUGAGACUAUACCAAACUUGUACAGUACUACUGCCGAUUCUGGUCUCAAAAUAGAAACGUAAAAGAGUUUCAUUAGCUAUGAAUUGACAUGAAAGUAAUUAACAUAAUUUAGUCACAAAGCUACAUCGUAUAAUUUUAAAACUUUUAAUGACCUACGCAGUAAACAUUUCUAAACUGUUAUAUUUGAGAGAGAAUAAAAUCAUGGGAAAUCCACUUCAAAUUCUGG